AUGCUCUUGAACCUUGAAAAGCAAUUCAGAUUUGUCAAUGUUGUAAUUCACAUUAUUUGUGUUCCCGUCAUAAUGCUUUGUAUGCUGCUCCUGGGGACUCUUGCACAGCCUUUGUUCCCUGUCCCAGAAGCUGUCGCUAUUGAGAGUUUCCCCCCAAACCUUGCCACUGUUGCCGGUGUUGUUUAUACCAUUUUAUACAUCCUGAUGGAGCCGGUAGCCGGUGCUCUUCUUGCGCCGCUCCUCCUGGCAGGUACUGCAUUCGUAAACCAUCUCAGCAGCACCCACGGGAAUACAGCGAUUUAUUGGUCUCUCGCCGUUCAGGCCGUAGCAUGGAUUGCCCAAUUCGUAGGGCACGGAGUCUUUGAAAGGCGCGCCCCAGCUUUACUUGACAAUCUCGUUCAAGCGUUCUUCCUUGCUCCAUUCUUUGUCUGGCUUGAGGUCCUCUUUUCUCUUGGGUAUCGCCCGGCAUUGAAAGCCCGUAUUGAUAAAGCAGUGGAAGUGGAAGUGGCUAGGUUUAACAUAUCGAAAAAAGGACUUUCUCCCAAGGCGCCGCAAAAAUAA